AUGAAUCCGAUGGGCGCAGCAGCAGGGAGGAGGAGCAUGUCGACGGUAUCCAAAGCCGUCGCUGAAAUUGUCGGCGUAGGCAAAACCAAGAACCGAAAAGCUACCAGUGAGCUCUGCACCUUCAUGGGCAUCCCUCAUCACUCUCGUUCCGAAAUCGCAUCCAUUAUUUCAAAGUUCAUCAAACUCUACAGUUUCAGGAGUCCUGGUAUUAAGAAAGACAAACUUUGGGAGCAGAAUUUGCAAACACUGUUGCGUGGUAGAAACAGUGUUGGUUUUCCUGAGAUUGCUAAGAUUUUGUCUCCGGAAUUCAGCCAGGGUGCGAUUAAUAUCAAGGAUACUAAUAUGGAUUCUUCCACGGAUAACACUAAAGGGAAAGGCUCACAGAAGAAAGGGAAAAAGAAAUAG